AUGUUGCCUUUGUCAACAAGGUUAUUCAAUAAAAUAAUUUACGAUAAAUUAAGAUGUUAUUCAACUUUAAAAACAUCAAAAAAAUGGAAAAGUGUUGUCGGCUUGGAAAUUCAUGCCCAAAUUGCAAGCAAUUCUAAAUUAUUCUCUGGUGCUAAAAACAGCUUUAUUGAACCAAUCAACACAGCUGUAGCUCUUUUGGAUGCCUCAAUUCCUGGAACAUUGCCGGUUUUAAAUCGAGGUUGUGUUGAAGCUGGAGUCAAGACUGCCUUAGCACUUUCGUGCAAUGUCAACAAGAUCAGCAUGUUUGACAGAAAACAUUAUUUCUAUGCUGAUUUACCUGCUGGCUAUCAAAUAACACAACAAAGAGCGCCUUUAGCAAGUAAUGGAUCUUUAACUUUCCCAGUCUUUACUCCUGGAACAAAACCUUAUUACAAAAGUGUUCGACUUCAUCAACUUCAACUCGAACAAGACAGUGGAAAGUCGUUACAUGAUGAGCAUCUUAGAAUAAUUAGAGGCGUUGCACAAGCUGUUGAUUAUGAGAUUGAAAGACAAAUUUCUGUAAAGGAAAAUGGUGGAAAAAUUGUUAAUGAAACUCGAUCAUGGGAUGCGACAACAAGAACAACUAUUGUCAUGCGAGAUAAAGAAGUUGUUCAAGAUUAUCGAUUCAUGCCAGAACCGAACCUUCCGCCAUUACAUUUGAAUAUGUGCGGCGACGAACAGAAAAAUGAUUUGGUGAAUGUUGAUUUUAUCUCCAAGAGUCUUCCAAUUCUACCACAACAAAUGCGAGAUGAUUUAGUGGCAAAGUAUAAACUUAAUGAAGAAACUUCGCAGAUUCUUGUCAACCAUCAAAUACUUCUCAAAUAUUUCUAUGAUAUUAUUAAUGACGGCAACAUUAAAACAAGAUCAACGAGAUCAGUUGCAGUUUUUCUUAUCAAUGAUUUGUUGAAAUUUUGUCACAAACAAGACAUUGAGAUUGAAAAUAUUAAAAUGACGUCACAACAAAUCGGAGAACUCUUCGACAUGAAGGAGAAAAGUGAAGUUAAUCAACAUCUUGUUUCAUUAAUUUUCAAUGAAAUGCUGGAAAGUUCCAAGUCACCGUCUGAAAUUGCGAAGGACAAAAAUUGGACACAAAUCACCGACGACGCUGAAAUUGAAAGAAUUUGCAAUGAAACUCUCAUGACAGAGUCAGGAAAGAAAAUCACGAAAGUUUAUAAAUCAGGCAAGAAAAAAGUUUUAUUCGCAUUAAUCGGUGAAAUUAUGAAACGAUACGAUAAUAAAAUUGAUGCUGCAAAAGUGGCAAAAAUUUUACAAAAUUUGUUAGAAAAAUAA